AGUACUGGGAGGGACCGAGUAACCGAGCGAUACCCACUGUCCGGACGCAACUCACGCUCACGACCGAAGUUACCUGAUAUAAAAAAUUAAAGAUGUAUCAACACUGGGUGAUAUUAUAUGGCUUGAGAUUAUUCUGUUGACAAAAUCAGUUCGGUAACUUCCACCUGGAAUUCGGUCCCACCUACAAUUAUUAUUGAACUGGUAGUCCAGUGGUUCGGAACCCACUCAAAAAUGCUGGUCCACUCGUGUUCUCAGCUGAUGAUGCAAGGAUAAAUAAACACUUUAGCCACAAUAAUAGUAGUUACGUGGAAAACUAAUUUAGCCAAGAAAAGCAAGCCGAUGAAUAAUCAGGAACAAAUGCUGGUGUGCAAUUGCGAGGAGCGGAAAAUCAUCGAUCCAGAAGGUGGUCUUCCAUAAGAUGUCCCCGAACGAGACGCUCUUCCUCGAGAGCACCAACAAGAUCAUAAAAGACGAUAUCAGUAACUCAAGUUUCGUGCAGUUCCAGAUCUGGGAUUUUCCAGGGCAGAUUGACUUUUUCGAUCCAACAUUCGACAGUGACAUGAUCUUCGGUGGUUGUGGAGCUCUGGUAUUCGUUAUCGAUGCUCAGGACGACUACAUGGAGGCCCUGAAUAAACUUCACUUAACAGUGACGAAAGCGUACAAGGUCAAUCAAGCCAUAAAAUUCGAGGUUUUCAUUCACAAAGUUGAUGGUCUAUCAGACGAUUAUAAGAUGGAGACGCAAAGGGACAUUCACACUAGGGCAAACGAUGAUCUGGCAGAUUCAAGCUUCGAUCAGAUCCAUUUAAGCUUCCACCUAACAUCUAUAUACGAUCACAGCAUCUUCGAGGCCUUCAGCAAAGUAGUGCAGAAGUUAAUUCCACAGUUACCGACAUUGGAGAAUUUAUUAAACAUUUUAAUAUCAAAUUCAGCAAUUGAAAAGGCUUUUUUGUUUGAUGUGGUAUCGAAAAUUUAUAUCGCCACUGACAGUUCCCCAGUGGACAUGCAGAGUUAUGAACUUUGUUGUGACAUGAUUGAUGUUGUUAUCGACGUGUCCUGCAUCUAUGGAAUGAGGGAAGACCUUGAGGCUGCUGCCUUCGACAAUCAGAGCUCGAGUUUGAUAAAACUCAAUAAUGGAACGAUUCUCUACUUGAGAGAAGUCAACAAGUUUCUGGCCCUUGUCUGCAUCCUUAGGGAGGAUAAUUUUGACAGACAGGGGGUUAUCGAUUACAACUUCCUGUGCUUCAGGAAGGCCAUCCAGCAGGUGUUCGAGCUCAGGAAUAAGACAGCUAGUGCUAAUAAUCAUUCGUCGAGCCCGACUAGUGGCAAUGAGGGGAACAGUGCUCCCGGGGGACAGUCUGAGAAUGCACAGAAUGGCACUGCUGUCGUACUCACACAGAGUUAAUGAAUAAAUCGAAAUUAAAGAGAUAGUAAAGGGUGAUAACGUUGAGAAAGUGUCAAGAUACUUUUAAGAACAGCUGUGUGAAGAUUUCCUUGCUGAAUGGGCCAGUCAAAUUCGCUGAUUUCUGCACAAAAUUCUGGUAAAAUUACACUGUAAUGCCUGACGUGGGAAAAGUUUUGAAAAUUUCUUUAGAAUGUUUUAUUAUUUUAUAAACUAGUGUCUGAGCAAUGUUUAUAUUUAAUGUAUAAUGUCACUGGGACAGCUUGACAAAUGGUAACCGGAGAGGAAAUUUUUUUUCCCGUUUUUGCAAUUUUUUUGUUUAAUGAAAUAGAUAAAUGUUUUUGCAUGAAAUAAAAAUAUUUCUGAAAUUUUUGAGUAGUAAUAUUCACCGACCAAAGGAAAAUAUGUUAAAAGCUUCAUUAAAUGGUCUUUUUUGUUCAUUUGCUUGACAUUUUACAAAAAUCUGAAAUAAUUGUAUUCAAUGCAUGCAAUAUUCUCGUAUUAAAAAAUGAAACUUUGGAAAUAGUGUAUCAUUAAUCUCGGAAUGUAAAAUAACGAAGUCAUGCCCACGAGUUCCUUUCAACAGACAAUUUCCAUCCGGAGUAUUUUAUCUCUGAUUUCAAUUUGUCAAGCUGCGCUUGUAAAAGUCGUCAAACUAAAAAACGAAAAAAAAAGAUCUGAAAAAACUCAGUAGAUUAUUUACCACGUCACGCAAUACUCUAUUUUUUACAAUUUUCAGGGUUUAAACAAUUGGAAUGUCCCACUUGGCAAUGAAUUCCUCAUAUACGAUACUGAUGAAGUUGAUAAGUCCAAAAAUUCGGAAGUAAUCAUGUCAACUACCCUUGCAAAGGAGAAGUCCAAGGACCAAUGUCAUUGGCCAUUUUUCCGUACAUCUCAUUACCGAGAUGUUCCCCAAAUGUUUUUGCUAUUAAAUUUUUGGGCUCAUCUGUCUUCAGUCUUUCGCUACAUAAUCAUGUGAUUAAUUAAUGAACAUUGAAAUCUGUAUAUUUGUACGAUGCAUUUACCAUAAGAAUUAAAAAAUUAAAGCCCCGCUUAAUUGUAGGCAAAACGUUCUCUCAAUCGGUUAUUUUAUUAAAUUGUUAUCUGGAGAUUUUAACUUGACGAGCUGUAUUUAUUUAUAUCUUCUCAAUUCAAUCUUUUAAGCUCUCUUCCUACCAAAAUUCAUAAUUAUCAACAGUUAAUUAUGAAAUCCCGAAUGACUACCAAUCAAGUUAAAAAUUUGAGAUAAAAAUUGAACAAAAUAAUGGUUUAGAUAACGCUUUAAAGAUAAUGAAGGCGGGUCCCCAAUGUAAAUAUAAUUGAUGAUUUAAUUAAUAAAAGAGUCCCAUAAUUGAAUAUUAUGGACUGUAAAUUGAGAAGCGCUUAAUUAACUGAUCGAUUGGUUAAUCAACGUUGUACUAUUUGAUACAAAUAGAGUGACAUUAGGAUUAUCAGAAUAAUUUACUUUUCAAGUUCAUCAGGCAGUCGCUGAAGUUGUAACGAGAUAAAUCGAAGAAAUUUUUGAUAGAUUGAUACCAGAGGUGGAAGAAUGUCUCGUCGUAUUCACGGAGAGAGAUUUCAUUUGGAAUUUCUUUGACUGGAUUCAAUUCACUCCAGAUUUGAUUGACGUUUUUUAUUAACGGUCUGAUUAGAAGGGGAAUCCCUGAUGGAGGGAGAGUCUGGUGGGCCACUUCAGCUAGGUACUCGCCAAUAAGGGGAAUUUUGGGAGUUAAUUUGUCUGGAAAUCAGGGAGAAGAAGAAUUUAUUAUUUGUUUUCAAUAGAUUUAGGAUCAAUUAUUAAUAAACCUCGUGAUGACCUCUCCCAUUAAAACAAUUAUAUUUCUGUAAUGAAUAAUAUGUUUCUGAUCCUACAUUAAAAAAAAAAUUAACAACUUUUGUUUCUAAUGUAUUUUGUGGAUGAUGCGAUAGAUUUAGUAAUUCCUCAAAUUUAUUUAACCUUGAAAAGUAAAUUGUUAUUUUAUAUUUGUAUAUCUGAAUAGAAAUAUAUGGAUACAUAAUAUAUGGAUAAAUUUUUUGAAAAUGAAUAAUUUGUUUGAAAAAAUAACAAAAAUUUUAAAAUAUCUUGUAAACUAUUUAUUUUAUUUUCACAUGUAUACACCCCCUCGGGUUUUUACAUUUUAUUCCCUUCCCCUGCGGUGCCAUGGGACCGACUUUUUUCCCCAACUGUACUGCAUUUGCACAGGAGUAGAGGAAAACCAUGGAAAACCUCUACCGUACAGUCGGCCGAUAGUACAGGGUCCCAGUGCACCCUUCCGUCACACUGACUAGAAGGGUA